GAUGAUGAUGAUGAUGAUGAUGAUUGCAGCCAGAUCGCGUCGCGUCGCGGUGCUACUGCUACGCUACUUUUACGCCGCAUGCGGAGCCUUUUCCCAAGCGGCACGGCUCGUCCGGGGGAAAUAAGGCCGCGCGGGCAAUUAUGCCUGCCACGGCCAUGAUCAUCGCGGCCGUCCGCCGCAUCCGGCGGCGUCACUUGUCACCCCCCACCAUCCCCGCCAGCCCCCGCCGCGCGCGAUUUGAUCGAGCUGUCCGCGUCCCGCCUGUCCCGAGCCUGUCCCGCCUGUCCGAAGCUGUCCGACCGUCCGUCCUGGAUCGCGCUGGCGUGGAUCGUCUGUCUCUGCGCGCGCGGCCCCUUUCGAGCGCGGGGCUCUGCCAGAUCGCUGCGCGCGCGCGUGUGUCUGCCGGCGGCGGGCGCCAAUGCCAGUGCCAGUGCGUCAGUGCCAGUGCUAGCGUCAGCGCCAGUGCUCGCGCUCGUGCUUGGCAUGCGAGGCUGACGGACGCCCGCGCACCGCAUCGGGGUGCAGGUGAGUGGGCGGGGGCCUCGAUCGGGUGGCCGUGGUGCGGCGAUAAGUGGGCGCGUUGUAUUGCUGCUGCUGCUGCUGCUGCGACGAGCGCGGCGGGCUGGGGUCGGGCGGGGGAUCUGCGCGGAGCUGCGGGGCUUCCGACCGCGAGCGGUGCACCUGCAUCCCAGGGUGGGUCCGACACGAGCUCUCUUCGGUCGGAGAGGCCCUUCCUCCCCCUUCACACGAUCGGACGUCUUUUUCGCAUACGUCGCACGGGCGCUCGCAGGUCCGCGUGGGUCGCGCAGAGACAAAGACAAACACGGCGGCAGGGCUGGGCUUGGGCUUGGGCUCGCUAUGUGCUCCGCAGGAGCCGCCGUCGCAGUCGCGCGCCCGGGGAGGGAUAG